AUGAUCUCACACAAGAACUACGCAAUGAUGCUAUCAGCGUUCGUUAGAAUGCUGGUGGCAUUAUAUCAUGGAACUGCACAGAUCACCAUGCGGAAGUUCGAUCUGAAGACACUUCUCCGACAUAUUCAGGACUAUAAGCUAACAUCGGUGGCUGUGGUGCCACCAAUGGCGCUGAUGAUGGCUGACUCACCGCUGCUCGACGACUAUGAUCUCUCCUCACUAAGGUUCAUUGCCUGCGGUGCAGCACCUCUGGGAGCGGCCAUCGUUCAUCGUCUUCUGAAGCGUUUACCAGGCGCCAUACUUCGACAAGGGUACGGUAUGACCGAGUUGUCUGUCGUGUCACACAUCGCUUCCCUGGACACGCCCGAAGGAAGUGUGGGUAAACUGAUGCCGGGCACGAGGAUGAAGGUGAUCGCGGAGGAUGGACGACUUUGUGGACCGUUCGAGAGCGGCGAGAUGUGGAUAAGCGGCCCACAGGUGAUGUUGGGCUACUGGAAGAAAAUCCGAACAGACAAAGCAAACCUAUGA